AUGCAAACUGUAAAUAAACAUUCCAGAUUGCACGUGUGUCAAAGUAGUAAAAUGUCUGGAGAAACAACAAGUUGUUAUAUAUAUACAGAAGACAAUUUGCAUUCUCCUAUUUUUUUACCAAAUAAAAAAGAAGUUAUUGUUGGUCGCAGUAGUGAUACUAAAAUAACCGAUAGUAAAUGUUCUCGAGAGCAAGUCCGCUUAUCAGCACAUUACGAUGAAAAGAGUAUAAUUGUGGAACAAUUAGGCAAAAAGCCAUCCGGAUUAAAUGGCGUUAAGACACAAAAAAAUCAAAAAUAUACAGCUAAGCAUGGUGAUACUUUAGAAUUGCUCUACGGAUCAUAUCCUCAUAAAUUUGAGUUCAUUCCACCACCAUCGUAUGAUACUUUAACAAAUUCUAAUCAACCUGCUGAAAGCACCAAUGAAAAAAAAGCAUCCGCUCGUCAAAAACGUAGUUUUGACAGCGACAGUGACGAUGAUUUCAUUUUGGACCGAAAAAAAAUGAAAAAUUCUAAUGUUAGUGAUAGCAGUGCUAACAGUUCGCGAAAAGAUGAUGGCAACAUUUCUAAAGCUUCUUCAAAUGCAUCAACUGAAGUCUCUCAGAAUUCUAAGUACAAAUGGCAGACAAUUAAUGGAAGCCUCUUCAUCAUGACAAGUUCAAAUUGUAAAGCUAAAUCCAAAAUCGCAGGUUAUGAUCUGGAUAAUACGCUGAUCACAACAAAGUCGGGGUAUGUUUUCCCGCAGAAUGAGAGUGAUUGGAAAAUUUUGUACCCGAAUAUAUCAAAAAAACUAAAAGAGCUGAUGGAAAAAGGGUACAAAAUUGUUGUUUUUACGAACCAGAAUGGUAUUGAAAGCGGAAAAACUAAUAUCACGGAAUUUAAACGAAAGAUCGAAGCGAUUACGGAGAAAUUGGAUCUUCCAUUGCAGGUUUUUGUAUCGGGUUCAAGAGACUUAAAUCGAAAACCGUUGAUAGGAAUGUGGCAACACUUGGCAGAACAUGAAAAUGAUGGCGUUGAAAUAGAUUACUCUACGAGUUUCUUUGUGGGAGAUGCUGCAGGACGUCCCAAAAAUUGGAUGCUGAAAGCUAAAAAAGAUCAUUCAUCCGCUGAUCGUCUGUUUGCGAUCAACCUUGGACUAAAAUUUCAGACUCCUGAAGAGCAUUUUCUUGGAUAUGGAAAAGCCAAAUUUGAUAUGCCUAAAUUCGAUCCUAGGCAGCCAAUAAAUCAGUCUGUUUUUCAACCUUCGGACGCUCUUGAUUCGUCAUCUGGACUAGAAGUUAUUUUGAUGGUAGGUGGGCCAGGAAGCGGGAAAUCAUUCGUAGUUGAGAAUUAUCUUAAAUCAUAUGUCCACGUCAAUCGAGACAAGCUCGGGAGCUGGCAAAAAUGUAUUGCGUUGAUGGAAAAAUCAUUAAAUGAUGGAAAGAGUGUUGUCAUUGAUAACACUAAUCCUGAUGUAGCUUCUAGAAAGAGAUUUAUUGAUGCUGCAGUCAAUAAGAAGGUUCCUAUAAGAUGCUUCAUUAUGACCACUACUCCUGAACAUGCUAAGCACAAUAAUAAGUUUCGUGAAUUGACCGACAAAAAUCAUACCGUGGUCAGUGACAUCAUUAUCAAUUCUUAUUACAAAAAUUUCGUCCAGCCGAAGAAAGACGAAGGAUACUCUCAACUAGUAAAAGUUAAUUUCGUCCCAAAAUUUAAAUCUGAAGCAAACCGUAAGCUCUACUCGAUGUAUUUGCUAGAAAAAUGA